AUUAUCAUUUUAGAGCAUAUUUAUGUUCCUUCAUCCUUCAUCUAUUGUUUAGCAUCCAUGUUUAUUUCUUGUCCUGCAUUCCCAUAAUCUUGUUUGAUUCUCUACCUUCAACAAUUGAAAUAUGGAUUCAUACAUGGUCAACUGUGAUUCUUUGUCAGUCGAGACACCUUUUGAAAUAUUCAUCGGUGGAGAAAGCUUUGACCAACAAAGGAUUCAGGAGAUCUUCAAUUGCAAGCAUUUUCUCCAUUGUGGACAAUUGCCAAGUCAAGAACCAAGAGCAGCCUCGAAGAUCAAAAGCUCAAGCACAUCAUACUUCAUGUUGCUCCAACACUCAAGGGAUUCAUCAAGGAAAGGAAUGCAACUACUCAUUAAACAAUUGUACUUUGAGAGAUCUAGGAGUCAAAUUUUAUUAGGGACUUGAAUGCUACCAUGUUGAUGUACUUAGUGUGAUGUACUAGGCUUCUGCUUUGUAAUGAAUGACCAUCAUUGUAAUGUAUGUUGAAUUGCUUGUAAGUGUCUGCAGCCCUUUUAGUCUGAAGGAAAUCUUAAUGUGUU